CUGAGCCGGCACGCCGGACUGAGGGAAGCUCGGCGGGACCGCAGGGGAACCGCGGUGCCGGGUAGACCUGGUGUCCGAGGGCCCACCCGCGGGUGGGGUGCGACCCCGAGUGCCGCCGAGGCUCGAAGCGCUCCGGAUCCUGCGGGAGUUGUCCUUCUGUCUUUGUGCAAUAUUGUUGAUGGGACAAAGAAGUGGACGUCAAGAAAGAAGCAAGAAACUGGAGCUGGCACUAAGUGAGACCAUGAAGGCAGAAACAGAAGUACAAAAUAAUAAAGAUGAAGUCAAAGAGCCAAAGGCCAAAGACUGGAGGCUAACAUCAGUCUUUGGGGUGGCAGAUUUAAAAAAUGGAGCUAUUGGACUGUACAACAUUGGACAGAGCUGCUGUCUGAACUCUCUGCUCCAAGUGUUCCUCAUGAAUAUACACUUCACAGGGAUACUUCGAAGGAUCACAGUGCCACCAUACGAUAGCGAGAAGAGUAGGAAUGUCCCAUACCAGAUGCUCCUGCUGUUGGAGAAGAUGCAGCGUGGCAAGCAGAAAGCUGUUUUUCCCAAAGACCUCGCUUGCUGUCUUUUAGCAUACAAAGUGAAACUGUUUGUGCAGCAUGAUGCUGCCCAGCUCUUUCUGACUCUCUGGAACUUGAUAAAGAAGCAGAUGAGAAGGCCAGAGCUGGUCAGAGAGCUAUGUUACUUGUACACUAUCGGUAUACAGGAGCACCUGGUCUGUCAGAAAUGCUCUCUUGAAACAAGGAGGAACAGCAGCAUGUUAACCCUUCCACUCCCAGUGUUGGAUGCUGAUUGUUACAUGCUGAAGUCUCUGGAGGAGUGUCUGCAGUACUUUUUCCAUCCAGAAGAGUUAACUGGUCACAACAUGUGCUUCUGUGAACAGUGUGGAAUGAAAACACCUUUUAUGCAGAGCAUGAAGCUAGUCCAUCUACCACAGACUCUGACCAUACACCUGAAGCGCUUCUGCUUUGAAAAAUCAGCCGAUGUUCACAAGCUUAGUCACUACCUGCCAUUUCCACAAGACCUUGAUUUCAGUGCAGUCUUGACAGAAAAUCAGUGUGAAGCAGAUGAAAAUGAAAAGGCCUCCUGGCAGUAUGAGCUUUUUGCUGUUGUUGCUCAUUCAGGAUCAACCAAUUUUGGACACUACUGUGCCUAUAUUCGAAGUCUCACAGAAUGGAAAUGGUGUUGCUUCAACGAUUCCGAGGUUCGCGAGGUAUCGUGGGAUGAUGUUAAAUGCACCUAUGGACAUUCUGACCUCACCUGGGGACAAACGGCCUAUCUCUUGACUUACAUGAAAAAACCUCCUCAGUAGCCUUAUCCAGGAGUGUGAGAAUGUCUUGGGAAGCUGUGCGUUACCGGUGGAACUCCAGCACCUCUGUGCCAGUGUGGACAUGUACAGAUGUUCCACAAGACAUUCUGCACUCUGUCAGCAACCUCUGCCUUCACAUUUAUUUAUGAAAAAAAUUGCAGGAGAGACUCAGUUAGAGAAAGGAUCUAAGGACUCCUGGACCUAGAAACUUUUUCUUUUGUGUAUUUUGGUAUUUAUGUGAUUCGAUAUAUUCAUUUCUUCUUAAAAGAUAGCGAUGUUGGUCAUCAUCUCUGCAGAUUUACCAGUUUCUUUAACGUUGAUGCCUAGAUUCCAGUACAGGGGAGGUGUUUGGCCUGAAAGCCUGCAUGAUCUUCCAGGGAGGCAUGUGAUAUGGCUGGAGAGCUGGGAUAACCACACCUUGCCAGUAAAACUGUAAGAGCUUGAGCCCUACUCUGCUUUUUUAGCACCAUGUUAGGUGCUGGCAAGCUGGGCAGGGGACCCCAAGUCUUGAGAAACAGCUGGAACAAGGACCAGGACCCUUAUGACACAUGCACCAGCGAUGUUUACUCCUUAACACCUUCCUGAGAAUGAGUCACUGCAGGGCUUGAGAUGUGUUUGAAAGUUGGUGUCAGCAAAAAGAGGUGCUUUUAUGUCAGGAGCUAUCGUAGUAGUUCUGAUUUACAAGAUGAGUUUGUGUGUAUUUAUGCAGAUUAUUAUUGUUUUAGCGUACUUAUCAGGAAUUUAUGUGCAUUUUCUUUCCUACAUAGAAGAAAAUAUUCAGAGUAAAAGAGAUUCUGAAGCCAGAUAGUGAUUUUGCACAAUGCAAUCCAUACACUGUGAUAAGAAGAGACAUGAGAUGCCUUGAUGCACUUGAAAUUCUGGGAUUUUCCUUUAGUAUUCUUCAGCUGGUUGCCGGCUGGAAUUGUUUUUCUCUCUUCCUUUCUUCUCUGCCCAUGAAGUAGAAAUGUCCCUCAAGCAGAAAGUGUUCUGGAGAAAACAAUUUUGUAAAGAAAGUGAGUAAUUUUUAAAUCUCCUGUUGAGUCCUGUCGCACUGUGCUGUUGGUUCAGCCUGUGCUGCCGUGGCAAGACCACACAGCUGGAAGGAAAAUGUUGAGAGAGCUAGAAAGGAAGGUUGGUAAUGUGACAAUCAGAAGUGUUCUAAAAGCUCAUCAUUCAGCUGUGAGUAAAGUUAGAAGCGUUGGUUGUGAUGCUUUUAAAGUCCUCGAGGUAAUUCUGGACAUACCACAGCCUGUGACAGGAUCAGUGAUUCCAGUGGUUUGAGAUCUAAAAGUAUUGUCUAGCUGAACACGUUCUUUGACUGUAACUUUAUAAGGGUGCUAUUUUUGGGGGGACUGAGCACGUUUUGAAAUUACUAAUUUAGUUAUAACAGCAGCUGUAUAUAUAACUUAAUUUUAUUUUGAUAAUGAUGAUGAAGUUCCCAAAUCAUGUCUCUUUUCUGUCAGCGUGUGGAGGGUGAACUGAGAAAUCUUGGAGCAUAGCUAUGACAUUACAUUUUUAUGAACUAGCAGGUAUUUAUUUCAUUUUACUAGCAAGGUCUAUUAUUCUGAUCAGCUGUCUUGUAUUUGUACUGUUCACUUUGCCUUUUUAAAAAAAAAAGACACAACCACAACCCAGUGUAUUGUUUGUCACUAGGAAGAGGAAUUUUCAGCCUGUUCACCUUUGGGAAUGCGUUACACUCUUUCUAAAGCACCUUGCAGUGGGUGAGUAAGAAAAACCAUCUUCCUGGCUGCUUUAUCCAGCACUUUGCAUAUGUGAAGCAGCUGAAAGGCAGUGCCCUUCCGGAAACUGAGAAGUUAAUGGGUUAAGAGACUGACAAGACAUUUCUAACUUGAUAUAACCUGAAAUUUAAAACCAAGCUAUGCUUAUGAAAAAUGCCUCAAAAGUGUCAUAACCUUCCGGGUAUAUCACCCACCAUGGAAGCAAUUGCUGAGAUACUGACUGAAAAGAUUCUUAAUGUAUCUCAAUGAAAAUAAUCAAUUUUUUUUUUUUUUAAAUAAAUUAA